AUGGGAAUUGGAGGUGUUUCUUCUUCUUCUUCUUCUACAACUGCUACUGAUGAUGAAUUAUUGCUGUACGAAAAACAGAAAGAAGAAUAUUUGAGAGGUGAACAAGUUGAUACGAUAAGUGAAUCAUCUCAAACAACAAAUGGAUUGGAAAAUCAAAUAUCAAAUAAUCAAUCAUUAAUUGGAGAUCAAAGGGAUUACUUGUUACAAAAAUUGAAUUUUAAAUAUCCUUUUAUUGCGACGGAAAUUUUAAUAUCAACUAUUGGACAAUAUCAUAUAUUACCUUUAAUCAUGAUAAAUAAUAAUUUACAAUCAUCUAAUAAUAAUUUAAAUAAUUCAACUUCACCUUUAAGUAGUGCAACUAGUAAUAAUAAUAAUAAUAACAACAAUAAUCAAUUAAAAAGUAAUUCUAAUAAUGACUUGACAUCCAACCAUUCAACUUCUCCUCGUUCAACUUUUAAAAGUAAUUUAAAUGGUGAAGUUAUUAGGAGAAAAUUAUUUUCAUUCAUUUAUCAAACUAAACCUCUCAAUUCAUUUCAAGUUAAAUGUUUUGUUAGAGUUAUCAUUGCAAUGAUGAAAAUACCUCAUCUAACACAUCUAGUUAUGGAUUAUAUUUAUCAAGAAAAUUCAUUAUCAUCAUUAACUUUUACAACAAGUACUACUUCUAUUUCAUCAUCUAAUGGUACUAGUACUAGUAGUAACAGCAGUAGUAAUAGUAGUAGUAACAAUAGCAGCACCAAUGGUACUAGCAGUGGUACUAGUAGUAGUGCUACUGCUACUGUGAAUGGUAGUAGUGGUGGCAGUACUGCUGUUGGAUCAACAACAACAACAAUGGUAGCAUCGAGUCAUAUAUUGCAAAUGUUAAAACAUAUUGAUUCAUCUGAUGAGAUUAGUGAAUUGUUAUUAAUGUGUUUAUUAUAUGAAGAUGAAGAAAUUGAAAAUUCAUUCUCAAUAAUUCCAUCUGGAAAUAUAAUUCAAGAUUCAUUUUUACAAAUUUUAAAUCAAACUGAUGAAAGUCAAAUUCACAAGAAUAAUCAAGUUCUAAAAUUGAAACAAAUGAUAAUUCAACAAUUAUGUUCAUUACAAUGUGAACAAAAUUAUAGUAGAAGCGUAACAUUUAUAUUAACAACAAUAAUUCAAUAUAGAAAACCAACAACUAAAAAACCACCAACAAUUGUACAAUAUAUUUUAAAUAGAAAACAAAUGGAGUUAAUUAUAGAGAAUACUUUAAAAAUUACAUCAAAUUCACCAAGUUUUGUAGAUAAUAUGAAUUUUAUUAUGAAUUUGAUUUUAUACAUUUCUAAUAAUUCACAACGUUUAUUCAUUUUGGAAGAUUCAAUAUCAAAUAUUGAUUGGAAGAUGGUUUUGAUAUUGGUUAUUGAAAAGAUUCAAGUUUUUGUUAAAUUACUCAAUGAUGAAAGUGCUAGAGAAAUUUUAAAGAAAGAUCCAACAAUAAUCUAUGUAGAACAGUAUCAUCCUCUUCAAUCAAUGUUAAUUGAUAAAAAGAGAGGUCAAUUACUAAGUGUAGAUAGAGCUAUUGAAUGUCUUAAUUUUAAUCCAUUAAUUUCAUUCCCUCCUUUGGGUAUUUACAGAUUGAAAAUUAUUGAACUUUUUGUUAUUCUUUUUAAACAUUUAGAAAGUUUAGAUAAUAUUUAUUCUACGAAUGAGAGAAGUUUAUCACAGAUUAUUUUAAAUUGUGACAUUUUGGAAGAAUUAAUAAGAUUAUUGUUCCAAUAUCAAAGCAGUUUAUUACAUCAAAUGAUAACAAGACUCUUACUAGAUAUUUUAGAACAAAAUAUUGAACCAUUCUUCGAGGCACUCUUUACAAAGUACAAUAUUGUAGAUAAAAUUCUGAAAGCACACGACUUGAAUCAACAACUUCAAAGAGAACAAAGAUUUAGUCUAGCCAUUUCAGGAUAUCUGACAGUGUUUGGUCAAAUUAUUGGUGAUAAGCAAUUAGCUCUUUUACAAGAAAAUGAAAAAUGGUUAGAGUUUUAUCAAUAUGCAUCUGAUAGAACUUUUAUUGAAAAGGUAUUUAGGAUUGGGUCUGUUGAAUCUCAUCAAUCGUUACCACAAGGAGAAUUACAAAGGCUAAAGGAUUUAGAGGAAUUUUGGGCAAAUAAUAAUCUGUGA